CUCACUCUUGAAGUGUCUACCAAGCCCUCAAUUGACCUUUAUUUCUCCUCCUUUUCCCGCCCUCUCCCUUAAUGCGACGUAUCGUAUACAGGUAACAUGGCACAUCAUGAUUUCAGCACUCCCGGUUUUUCGAUUUUUUCGUGUAUUGCACCACAGAGUCAAGGUCAAAAGAGAGGGCACGAUGAUUUCAUGAACUAUGACGACCCUGGUAGCUCGGGCAAUGAGUCGGCUCCGCAGAAGAAACAGAAGACAGGAGAACUCGACUUCCGAUAUAGUUGCCCGUACCGAAAACGAUUCCCCGGGAUCUUCAACGUGCGGGAUCAUCAGACAUGCGCAACGCAGUCAUUUUCCAGCAUCACUCUUGUCAAAUUGUUUCCAGCAAAGAUUACACUUGGAAUUGACGAUCAUAUGGAGGGCAGAUUACGAGAUCGUCGAGCACGCAAUCAAGUUUUGACAUGGGAUAAGCUCUGGGAAGUCAUUUUGCCCCAAGAAGAUACCGCACCGUCACCAGAGUUUGAGCCCGUUACCGAGGGCCGCGAGGCGAUGGAGAGAUUUUUCGAGGUUUUCAAUAUAGAUCCGAAAGUUGGCGAAGUUCUGGAAAACAUGUUGGCCCGUCCGAGGUCGCUGUACGACUUGAGCACUCUGCUUGAUGUUCUCAGCGGAGAUACUCCAGAGGAACUAACAGAAUCUCCAUAA